CGGCUGAUAAAGAUCGUCUUCUUGUCAUGGCUGCUGUCUUUUUUUUGACCCUCUGGAGUCUCACUCUGCUGCUUCAAGCAGCGGCCUCCUUGUGCGGCGUCACCUGCUACACCGACUACGAUGUUCUGCUCAACUGCUCCUGUGCUUCUGUGCCGUCACAGGAGCUCCGCCUCCAGGUCAACUGCAGUGACGGAGAACAUCCCCUGGUGGUCAGCUGUCAGGUCAGGCCGCCUCAGUCCUGGUGUGUGGUGUACACGGAAGCGCUCUAUGACAUCGCCGCCAUCGGGACCGAGUGCACGGCGAGCGUCAAGCGUCGGGGAGGGCCGGCAGACGACGUCACCGCCUGUCAAUCAUCCAGCUGGGCGCUGAGUGACGUGGUCAAACCUCUAGCACCUUCCAACGUGCGAGUGCUGAGCGCCGGGGGAUUCUACAACAUCACGUGGGACGAAGGCAGCAACAAAACGGACACACGUCUGGUCUACAGGCUGCGCAUCCGAGCAAACCGAGGCCUCCCACAUCUUCCAGAACGUUUCUUCCCGGUGGAUGAAAAGUUCCUCCUGUUGGAACGCAGGGAGCUGCCCUUCAAUGUGAGGUUGAGUGUGGAGGUUCAGGCCAAAAUGGCUCCAGGUAGCCCCUCUCAGGGUCCGUGGAGCGAGUGGAGCUCCAGGACUGAGUGGACAACAACUCCCCCAGACGCUGCAAGCCAAAAUCUUUUGGAUAUUGAAAAGAAAAGGUCCUGGCUGUACAUCAUCCUGCCCGUCCUCCUCCUCACUGCUGCGCUCUUCUUGGGCCUUUCCCAGAAACCCUUGUUGCUGAAAAAACUCCAGCUGAGUACGUACGUGUCCAAGCCGCAUGACUUCUUCAAGCCCCUCUACCUCAACCACGGGGGCGACUUCAAGGAGUGGGUGAAGCCGGGGUUUAGUGAACAGGACUUGUUGGGCAGUAAGUCACACUUGGACACGACCACCAAGCAGCAGCUCCACUGCCACCAAAGCCCGAAUGAGGUAGAAUCUGGAGGACGUCUCCUUUCUCACGUCCUCCCUCAAAGCCGCACGCCACUGCUGGAUUCAGCAGACGGCGGCAGCGCGCAGAGUAGCGGUCUUUCCGUAGGACACGUGUCCAUCCACACGGUGACUCUGUCUGGGGAGGAAGACUCUGACAAAGACACGUCAUGGAGCUCGCUGGGAAGUGACGGCGGGUCUUCAAACUACAGAAAGCUGCUGGGCUGCCAUCACAUGUUCCAGGUGGACGGGUCGUUGCAAGAUGACCGAGGGAACAACGCUUGGCUCAGAGAACCGGAGAGGAUCUCACUGGCCUCCGAGCAGAAGUCAGAGGACGGCUACCCUUGUGUGGACCUGGACACCGUGGACAGUGGUUACGGAGAGUGGGGAAGCCCCUCAGACUCCAACUCGGGAGAACCUCAACAUUUUUUACACGGGCAGCAAACAUCACGAUCCAACUACAUGAAACAGUGGAUGACGUGUCGCACCGCCGCAGAAGACAAUCUGCAUUGAACGUCUUUAUUCAGGGAAUGUAUCUUCCUAAUAGUUGACAUCAUAAAGAGUGAAGAGACAGUCCAGACUACAAACCCCAAAAGCAGUGAAGUUGUCAGCUUGUGUAAAUGCUAAAUAAAAAGAGAAUACAUGUCACGUUCAAACACAGGACAUCUAUUAAACAAGACAAAAGGCAAGGAAUCAAACAGAGACAGAAUUCAAUUUGGACUCAAUAUUGAGGAGAGACAUGGCCACUGCACUCUCUGCACAGUCCUGCACCACGC